GUCAGCUAAUUUAAAUAUCAUAAUUAUUUAAAGUACAGCCCUCUCAGAUAGUAAGUCGCUGUCGGGAAUUGUCGGAAAUUUUCGGUUUGUGAUGUCAAUGUGUAGUAAUACCGUGAGAUUAGACUUGUUUUCAAAUAGUGGGAGUAUAAACCGACGGCGACUUAUCCUGGGAGGACUUUAUAAUGUUUAUAUUUUAUAUUUAUGUAAAACACAACCUAGAAGUUUAAACUAGACCCGGAACCUGGAGCAGUAGAAUUGUUUAUAAAUAAAAUUUAAAAAAUUUUUAUAGAAUAAAAUUUUAGAUGAAUGAAUGAAUGAAUUUAUUUAAUGACUGAGACUAUAAAUAAAAAUGUUACGAAUAUUACGUGAGUAUUUAAAAAAAUCACAAGGAAGACGAAGUGUCAGUACUUGGUCACCCUUAGCAAAAGCUUUUAAUAAUUAUGGACCAGCAGAAAAUUACGCAGUUGAUUUAUCACCCAAGUCAAGUGGUUUGUUUGGUUUACCGGAGCUUCGAACAGCCGAAGGAUUCUCAGAACUGAAGAACCAGGCGAUCAGUGACUCGGACAGACUGAUAGAAGAAGCAGUAGGACAUGACAGGUCUCGUAAGAUGGUACAGAUAUUUGACGACCUGUCAGAUUCGCUCUGCAGAGUUGCUGAUCUGGCAGAGUUUAUAAGAAUCGCUCACCCGGAUCAUAAGUACGCAGAGGCGGCUGAAGACACGUGUUUGGCUGUCAGCGGAAUCGUUGAGAAACUGAAUACACACCGGGGAUUAUACAAUUCAUUGAGCAGAGUCGUGAAGUCUGGUGACAUAAAACCAACUACGGAAAUUGAUGACCAUGUUUCUAAAUUAUUUCUUUUUGACUUUGAGCAGUGCGGCAUUCAUUUGCCGGAGGAUCUGCGCCAACAGGUCGUACAAAUUAAUGAUAAAAUUUUACAAGUCGGACAGAAAUUUAUGGCCAGAGCUGUGACACCUCGAUCAGUUGACUCUAAUCUGCUACCUGAACAUAUUAGACAAUAUUUUUUCAAAGAGGGCGAUCAUAUUUUAGUCAAUGGGUUAUUCACUGACUCGGCUAAUGCUUUGGCACGCGAAGCUGCUUAUAAAAUAUUUUUAUACCCAGACGAGCGGCAAGAAAAUUUGCUGAAGGAGUUGCUGAACUCAAGGCAUCAAUUGGCGGAGAUCUGCGGGUUCUCUACUUACGCGCAUCGCGCUAUCAGAGGAAGUACUGUUGAAACUCCGGAAGUAGUCCGUGCUUUUUUGGACAUUCUGAAUGUGGAGCUGAAGGAUCGAGCUAAUAGAGACUUUGAUGUAAUGCGAGAAAUGAAAAAAACCGAAACUAGUGUCCAGCAAGCUCUGAUGCCAUGGGACACGACUUAUUUCACAACCAAAGUCAAGAAAAUGUGGCUGGGAACAUCGAAUAAUGAGUUCGCGCCUUAUUUUUCACUUGGAGCAUGCAUGGAAGGUCUGAACAUUCUAACCCAGUCGUUGUACGGAGUCAGACUGGAACCAGAGCCUGCUGAAUCUGGAGAAAUAUGGGCGCCAAAUGUACAAAAACUCGCGGUGGUUGAUGAAAAUGAAGGAACGCUGGGACACAUUUACUGCGACUUCUUCGAACGAGAAGGAAAACCAAAUCAAGACUGCCACUUUACGAUCCGCGGAGGCAGAUUGUUAGCUGACGGAACCUACCAGAACCCGGUGGUUGUUCUAAUGCUGUCACUGCCUUCGCCAAGAUGGAACAAUCCUUGUCUACUUAGUCCCUCGGCCGUUGACAAUCUUUUCCAUGAAAUGGGACACGCGUUACACUCAAUGCUAGGUCGGACACAGUACCAACACGUAACGGGAACUCGUUGCAGCUCCGACUUUGCCGAAGUACCCAGUGUACUAAUGGAGUAUUUUGCCAGCGACAAAAGGAUCAUAAAACUCUUCGCCAAACACUACCAGACCCAAGAAUCACUUCCGGAUGACAUGAUCGAGAAGCUUUGCGCCUCUAAAAACGUUUUCCCCGCCUCAGAAUUGCAGGUCCAGGUUUUCUACAGCAUGCUCGAUCAUGUCUACCAUUCAAAACAGCUAAAAGGAUCCACCACAAAGGCACUAGCCGAGAUUCAGAACAACUACUACGGCCUUCCCUACGUGGAAAACACCGCAUGGCAGCUGAGAUUCUCUCACCUCGUUGGCUACGGCGCCAAGUACUACUCCUACCUCAUAUCCCGCGCUAUCGCUUCCUGGAUCUGGCAGACUUACUUCCAAAAAGACCCUCUGAGCAGAUCAGCCGGGGAAAAAUACCACAGAGAGUGUCUUGCUCACGGAGGCGGGAAACCCUCUUCUAAAGUCGUCUCCGACUUUUUAAACAAAGAAGCCAGCGCCCUUAAUUUCGCCAACGCUCUCGUCAACGAAAUUGACGAAAAAGACCAACAUGUUCAGUCAAUUUUAGCUUUAAAUAAAUAAAUAAAUAAUUAAUGAUCGUGAAGUUAACAGACAAUUAACAAUUUUCGAAUUUUUUUUCAAUAAUUCACUAAACAAAAAAAAUACACAAGUAGAAAAUUUAAAAA